GAGGCAGGGGAACACCAGUCGGCUCUGGAGAUAGAGGGGGGAGUGGAGGAGAGAACUUAUCAAGAAACGGGAAAGCAAAGGAGAAAGAGCCACCCCAUCACAAUGGAUCGCCGAUUCCUCCUUCUCCUCCUCCUCCUCCUCCUCGUCGAAGUAGCGCUCUCCGCCUCCGUGGCGUCCUCCUGGCCAUCCGAUGCCGAAGACGAUCCACUGAUCGUCCAGGUUGUCCCGGAGUCCGACGAGGACGAGCUGAGACUGAACGCGGAGGCCCACUUCUCGAGCUUCCUCCGGCGGUUCGGAAAGUCGUACGCGGACGAGAAGGAGCACGCUUACCGGUUCUCGGUGUUCAAGGCGAACCUGCGGCGGGCGAGGCGGCACCAGAAGAUGGAUCCCACCGCCGUGCACGGCAUCACCAAGUUCUCCGACCUCACCCCUGCCGAGUUCCGGCGGACCUACCUCGGCCUCCGCGGAGGCCGGCGCCUCCGCCGGGCACUGGCCUCGUCCCACGAGGCGCCUAUCCUCCCCACCAACAACCUCCCCACCGACUUCGACUGGAGGGACCACGGUGCCGUCACGGGCGUCAAGGAUCAGGGUUCCUGUGGAUCGUGCUGGUCUUUCAGUGCUUCAGGGGCUCUGGAAGGCGCGAACUUUCUGGCCACCGGGCAACUGGAAAGCCUCAGCGAGCAGCAGCUCGUUGAUUGCGACCAUGAGUGUGAUUCAUCUGAACCUGAUUCAUGCGACUCAGGAUGCAAUGGUGGGUUGAUGACAACUGCCUUUGAGUACUUACUCAAAUCUGGGGGGCUUGAGCGUGAGAAAGAUUAUCCUUAUACUGGGACAGACCGCGGUCGCUGCAAAUUUGAUGAGUCUAAGAUUGUUGCUUCGGUUAAAAAUUUCAGUGUCGUCUCCAUGGAUGAGGAUCAAAUUGCUGCUAAUCUUGUGAAACAUGGCCCUCUUGCAGUCGGUAUCAAUGCGGUCUUUAUGCAGACAUACAUUGGUGGUGUGUCAUGUCCGUACAUAUGUGGGAAGCAUUUGGAUCAUGGGGUGCUCCUGGUCGGUUAUGGCUCUGCUGGUUAUGCUCCUAUUCGAUUCAAGGAGAAGCCAUACUGGAUCAUAAAGAACUCCUGGGGAGAAAACUGGGGUGAGGAUGGGUACUAUAAGAUCUGCAAGGGUCGCAAUGUCUGUGGGGUUGACUCCAUGGUCUCUACUGUUACAGCUGUUCGCAGCUCAUAAAAUGCUUAGGCUCUUAUGCAACAAUCCAUAUUCACUGUACAAAUAGUGUGAUGCUUGCAUUGCUGGCCCAGCAGCAAGCAUGUGUACUCUUGUUGUGAGAUUAACAUUCUCGCCAGUUAUACGAUGUCUGGCAACUGCAUACAAUUAUUGUAAGGUAUUUGACUUUGCCAGGAUCUCUAUGUUGCUUAUGUGGUAUGUGAUGACCGUGCUCUGCUUAUGGCUCUUGGGAGCCUUUCAUCAGGCUUUGGUA